AUGGAUCACGGGUUUCCCUUUGACGAGGUUAAUCCGUUCACGUGCGAGCCUGUUGGCCGCGACUUUGAGGACAGUUCCAACACGUGGAAGAACGACGCCAUGGGCAAUUUUUCGCUCACCUUAUUCGAUUCACUGGACACUUUUGUGGUGAUCGGGGACAAACAGGGGUUUUGGCGAAAUGUACAACUGAUCAAGGACACGUACACAGAUUUCGACAUUGAUUCAAACAUCCAGGUGUUCGAGACGAAUAUCCGCAUACUGGGAGGUCUACUAAGUGCACAUCUUUACGCCUCGGACGAACGACGGGGAUUUAGCAUCGACAACUACGACGGCUUCUUACUUAAAUUAGCAUACGACAUGGGCAAGCGACUGGUCCUUGCAUUCGAAAACAAGUCGGGGGUCCCCUUUCCUCGUACAAACCUCAAAUACGGUCCGCAAAAGGUGCCCAAAAACCUCCAAAGAGAACAGUGCACUGCCGGAAUAACGUCGUUGAUCUUGGAGUUCGGACUUCUCUCGAGACUUACCAACGACCCGAUCUUUGAGCUCGUUUCGCGCAGAACGUAUCUGAACCUGUGGUCGUCCAAGACGGGUCUCGGGUUUCUUCCGAUGUCCGUUGACGCAAGAUCAAACGUGUUCACCGACCAGGUCACCGGAGUUGGUGCUUCGAUCGACUCAUUCUAUGAAUACGCUUUGAAAUACUCGAUUCUUUUCGACGACGAGGUGUUCAGCGAGAUCUGGCAGCAAUCUUACCAGUCGCUGCUGACCUACUCGCAAAAUUCCAAUAGAAUAUUUGCCAAUAUCCAUGUUUCCAAUGGAGCUACCGCUAGAGAAUGGAUCGACGCCCUGGGAGCAUUUUUUCCCGGAUUGUUAGUACUCGCCGGAGAUCUAGACAACGCUUUCCAUUUUUACUUGGUGUACUUCAAGCUCUGGAACAGCUACGGGGCUAUUCCUGAAAGAUGGGACUUUUCUGGCUCCCGCUGGGAGUUUUCACGCAGAGAACAGAAAACGUUUCAUCCCCAUGUCCCGUUGAUGGGUCUUACUUUGGACGAGACGAAGGACCUGCUGAUGAAAGACUCUGUUCUUCUGGAAUGGUUUCCGCUGCGGCCAGAGUUCGUGGAGUCCACUUACUUUCUUUACAGAGCCACCAAGGACCCGUUUUUCCUCCGCGUCGGAGAAGCCAUUUUGGAGCGGUACGAGACCGAUUUCAGGGCUCCGUGCGGGUUUGCUGGAAUUGAGGAUAUUAGAAUCGGCACUAGGCAGUCACGCAUGGAGAGUUUCGUACUGAGCGAAACGCUCAAGUACUUGUACUUACUAUUUGACGACGAAAACGAUCUACAUAAUACAAACGGAGCUGCCGUUUUCUCAACAGAGGCACAUCCUUUCUGGUUUGACGAAAAGCUCAAGAUCUAUGAUCUUAAGCAGGACAUUCAGAUUCCAAAAACACAGGACAAGGGAGUCUUGGAGGAGUUUUGGAACAGGCUUUUCGCCAAUCCAGAGCCUCAGGAGGUGGAUAUUCAAUUUGCCAAGCUGCGCAACGAAACAGCCAUGUUUCCGGACUACGUGUCUUUGAUCAUGACACCAGAGUCGGAAAAUGCACUGAUCAAGGCAAAUGUGAAGUACCCAGACGAUCUGGAGUACGGAAAACGGUUUUAUGUGAGCCCAAAAGUAUAUGAAAUCCUCAAGCCAUCAUUGAUUACAGUUGCAACCAAUGAGGUAUUGGACAGUAUGGGGUUGACAUUGGACCCAGAUUACCUUGGCUUGAACACUUGUCGUCGAGUGUUGCUGUCCCGACCGUUUCUAAAGUCAAAGAUCCUGGAGUAUCCACUGUUGUACAAGCUUGAUUACAAAUACCAACCGUCGUUGCAAAGUCCAGGGUAUUAUAGAAACACGAGCGAUGUGGAGAUUGCGGACAAUUUCUAUAGCUUGUUUGGCGAUAACCAAAUGGUUUCUUAUCCAUCUCAGACAUCUGAACAGUUCGACGCGUUGAUCGGGACGCUUGACAAGGUGACCAAGACCCAAAUUUAUCGGAUCAAGGCAGGCCCAGAGUAUGACCUCGAAAAAAGUGCGGUUGUCCCGAUUUUACCGCAAGACCUGUACGUUCCGCAGUUCGACAACCUGCGGAUGUCGUUUGAGCGUCUCGAGCCGGGCAGGAUCAACGCGUUUGGCGGUGCUAUCCAAACAGACGACUACAACUGUACAUUACGACUACUCAAGCUUAACGGAUACAACCUGGACGAGGAAGACAUUGUUUGGGUGGAUCAAAACUGGUUCCAAACAGCAAACCGGUAUGCCAACAUUCGGUUUUCCAGUAACGGGUUUGUCACCAUCAACGGAGAGUCUGUAAUGAAUCUGCGGAUAAUUCCUAAUCUAGGCGGUGCACAGGUGUGA